AACAGGAAUAAGAAGAGCCGAAGGAAUUAGCAGCAGCAACAGCAGAGGGUGCCCAGAGCGAGAGAAGCGGCCGUGGCUGCGGGGACUCUAUGCAGCCCGAGGCCAGCAGAGGGAGAUCGCCCUGCCUGGCAUCCCCUCUCUUGUAGAGUGACCCGCUCUGGGAGGAGGGAGGAAAAAGCGAUCGGGAUUUUGGGUGCUUCCUGAAACUUCCCCUACACACUCCUCCUCCCCGGGCUGGCGCGGGGCAGCAGCAGGGCCUGCUUCGGCCGAGCAAGCCCAGAAAAAGCGGCGUGAGAAGUUUGCACUGCAGCCUCCCCUGGGAGCUUCUUGGGAAAGGCGCCGCUUUGGGGAGGGGGGUUCCUUCCUCCUCCUCCUCCUCUCGGAGCGAGAAGCAGCCGCCAGCGUGGAGCUGGGGGGGAUGCUGCUGACGAUGAAGAUGCGGGAGAGAUGGAGAUGAAGCAGAGCAUGGGGAUCCCGGGGCUCCUGUUGCUGCUGCCGGGACUAUGGGCUCUGGCGCUCCGGGACGCCGCUGCUGAAGCAGGUAUGAAAUUGACAGGAUCUCCAAUCAAAUUAAAGGUGUCCCAGGGUCAGUCGGUGAAACUAAAUUGCAGCCUCGAGGCAAAGGAGGACCCAGAGAUGUUGUGGAUCAAGGAUGGAGCGGUGGUGCAGAGUGUAGACCAGGUGUACAUUCCAGUCGAUGAAGAACACUGGAUCAGUUUCCUCAGUUUGAAAUCCGUUGAGCGGACGGAUUCUGGGAAGUACUGGUGCCAGAUUGAGAACAAGGGGAAGAAGGAAGAAUCACAACAAGUGUGGCUCAUAGUGGAAGGUGUACCCCACUUUACUGUGGAGCCGGAAGAUUUGUCUGUGUCUCCUAACUCCCCAUUCCAUAUGGCCUGUGCUGCCGUUGGCCCUCCUGAGCCAGUGACAAUUGUCUGGUGGAUGGGAGACUCCAGAGUGGGGCUACCGGACAUCUCCCCUUCCAUCCUAAAUGUGUCAGGUAUUAACCAGAGCACGGUUUUCUCCUGUGAAGCCCACAACGUAAAGGGAUUGUCUUCUUCUCGGGCAGCCACUGUUCGGAUUAAAGCCAUGCCUCUCCCCCCUUUCAACGUGACCAUAACCCGAGUCACCAGCAGCAAUGCCAGCAUGACGUGGGUCCCAGGAUUUGAUGGCCGGUCCCCCCUUCAUUCUUGCACAGUUCAGGUUUCUGAGUCACCCGAAGAUCACGAAGGCUCUACAGAAGUUGUCCCUGUCCCUCCUUUUACCUGUGGUUUACCAGGAUUAAAGCACUCCACUAAUUAUAGUGUGCGGCUUCAGUGCACUAAUGAGAUGGGCACCUCCCCUUUCACAGACUGGGUUUAUUUUCAGACCCUAGAGAUAGCUCCAGGCAGCACUCCACAAAACAUCCAUGUGAUCCAGAGAGACACUAGCCUGGUUCUGGAGUGGGAAGGAGUGGCUCUGGACAUGCUGAAAGAAAAUCUACUGGGAUACAGGCUGGAGUGGAGUCAGGAUAAUGUCACGCAGGGGGAAAUGACAGUGCAAGAGACAAAAGCCAAUCUUACGACAUGGAAUCCCCAGAAAGACCUUAUAAUCCGAGUGUGCUUACUGAACGCCGCUGGCUGUGGACCCUGGAGUGAUGCCUUAGUGGUUGCUGCCCAGGAGGUUGUAGAUGGCCAGAGACAAUUGCCCUAUGGGACAUCCUGGGUCCCUGUGGCUUUGGGCAUUCUCACUGCCCUGGUUACAGCUGUUGCCCUGGCACUCAUUCUCCUUCGAAAAAGAAGAAAAGAAACUCGGUUUGGACAUGUCUUUGGCACGGUGAUCGGCAGGGGAGAGCCAGUGGUCCAUUUCAGAGCAGCCAGGUCUUUCAACAGGGAAGGCCCAGAGCAGAUUGAGGCAACAUUGGACAGUUUAGGGAUCAGUGAUGAGCUGAAGACCAAACUCAAGGAUGUUCUAAUCCAGGAACAGCAGUUCACUCUGGGAAGGAUACUAGGCAAGGGCGAGUUUGGGUCGGUUAGAGAGGCGCUACUGAAGCUGGAGGAUGGCUCUUUCCAGAAGGUUGCAGUAAAGAUGUUGAAAGCGGAUAUCUUCACCUCAAAUGACAUUGAAGAAUUCCUGCGAGAGGCUGCCUGCAUGAAGGAGUUUGACCACCCACAUGUUACUAAACUGAUUGGAGUCAGCCUGCGGAGUCGUCCUAAAGGUCGGCUCCCAAUUCCCAUGGUCAUCCUGCCCUUUAUGAAGCACGGAGACCUCCAUGCUUUUCUGCUGAUGUCCCGGAUUGGAGAAAACCCCUUUAAUUUGUCUCUUCAGACACUACUCAAGUUCAUGAUUGAUAUUGCCAGUGGGAUGGAAUACCUGAGCUCGAAAAACUUCAUACACAGGGACCUUGCUACUCGGAACUGCAUGUUGGAUGAGAAUAUGAACGUGUGCGUUGCAGACUUUGGGCUUUCUAAGAAAAUCUACAGUGGAGACUAUUACCGUCAGGGCUGCGCCUCCAAGCUGCCAGUGAAGUGGCUUGCUCUAGAAAGUCUUGCAGACAAUCUUUACACAACACACAGUGAUGUGUGGGCAUUUGGUGUGACGAUGUGGGAGAUUGUGACACGAGGACAAACCCCUUAUGCUGGCAUCGAAAAUGCAGAAAUCUACAACUACCUCAUCAGUGGCAACAGGUUGAAGCAGCCCCCAGAGUGCCUGGAAGACAUCUAUGAUCUCAUGUGCAGAUGCUGGCAUUCUGAGCCCAAGCUACGCCCUAGCUUCGGAAUGCUGAAAUUACAGCUGAAAAUGAUUCAGGGGAGAAUGUCCAUGAUCUCGUCCAGUCAGGAUCCUUUAUAUGUCAACAUUGGGGAGGCCAAAGAGACUUCUGGGAGCGAUCCUGCCCUGUACACUUCAUUUAGAAAUUUGGACAGCGGAGAGAACAUUGCUGGAGCAGCUGCUGCUGUCACUAGUGACUAUCGCUACAUCAUGAGCCCCUUGUGCCUUGGAAAUGAUGUUGGAAGUGAAAGGCAUCCCAAUGCAGCUGAAGGGGAGGCCAGGAGCCUUCUGCAGGAGCUGGAGUCAGAAAGAGAGAGAAGUUGUUAGCUUGUAAGGAAAAGAUGCUCCAGUUCUCUACAAUGGGGUGUGUGCAGCUGGAUUGCCAUGUCGCACUGCUUUCUAAAGCCAGUUGGAGGAUGUUUUUAAACUGCAUGGGUAGCUAUAAUUAGGGCUACUUCUGUAGCUAGCACCAUCUGCGUGGACUGCUGUUGCAGACAGCUCAGAAAGAUCACAAAUCAUAAUAACCCCCUGGACUUUUGGGGGGGUAGGAUUAAAGGUCUAUCGCAUCCAAUGGGAGUGGGUACAAAGCUACAGCAACCAAUGAGUGUUUGCUCGUCUAAUUCUCAUUGGCUGCCACCACAGAGUCGAAUGCACAUACUAGUCCAUCAGUGCUUGCUAUUUUGUGGAUGCUUUUUCAAUUCUGGCUGUGUGAGCUUUGGACCAGUAAAUCUGGAAACACUGGCGAAUAUUUACGCUGUGGUUCAGGACAUAGGGGAAGAAAAGCCCCCUUGUGUUCACUCAGCCGUGCUGCCUAGACCUGUUGCCUACCUCAGUGGUUCUCAAUCUGUGAUCUACGGAGCUGCUUACAUACAGUGAUAAAACAGCCAGUGUUUUUCAAGCAAUGACACUUGUUGCUAGAAGUAGCCCCGCCCAAGGCUCUCUUAGAAUGUCCAGAUGCUUUUGUUGAACAACUAAACUGAAACCAAUGAAAAUCCAACACCUUUCUCCACCUUGUGCACCUUGUAUCUUUCGUUGUCUUCUGUUUGGUAUUAAUGCAGCCCUGAUCAAAUGUGCAGCUGUUGUAAAAUGAGUUGGCAGGGGCAACCAUGCAAAAGGAUAGAACCAUACUUCACAGGGAAGUAAAUCGAGCUCUGCAGUGGGGGCUGGCAGCAGUGCGGGGAAUCCCUCCUCAGUAACAUAAAGUGGAGAAGAAAGAAACUGCACAGAUACAAAAUGAAGGCCGGUAACCAUGCAUUGACUUCAUCAGAAGCAGGAUCCAGCAUUUGCUUUAUUGCUUUAUUUUAAUCUUCCCCCUUAACUGUCCCUCUCUUAUGUUUUUCAUGUAACCAAGCACUGUAGGUGCCACUGAAAAGGUGUGGAAUCAUUGGGAGCAAAGAGAUCAACAAGCAGGGGUGCUGGAACAAUUUGUAUAGUGGGGGUUUUGAGAGCAAUUGAACCAAACUGUAAACCCUGUAUAUGAUGGAAAUCACUUCAAGCCAGGGGGUGUUGCUGCAUCCCCAGCACCCAUGUCACUAAGGGGAUAUCUGUCUAAAAGAAGCAGUCCUCACUAUGAAAAAAUGUGAGAACCAGGGGCCCUGCUGAUUAAAAGGUCUUCAGGCAUCUGCAAAAGAUCAACCACACUGGAACAUAUUCUGUUUAUCACUGCAGCCUUCCAGUGAGGGAGAGAUUCAUAUUACAGCUCUCUCCUCCCCCCCGAAAUCAGCAUGUCAGAAACGUUAUAACUGCAAACAGUCAUGUGUCUUGUUUUUUAAAUAAUGUAAUAUUUUAAUUUAAAUGAGCAAGUGUUUUGUAUAGCGGUCCCCAGCACUGCCAGAGACGUGCAGUACACCUUACCCCGGUUGUCUGAAUGUUUACAAGACCAGGAUCUAGCUCAUCUGACUUCCUGUGCUCUGAAGAACUUUGCAGUAUCGUGCAACUUGGGCUUCCACAUUGCACUCCCCUCACAGUGAAUGCUGUAAAAUUCAAUGUUUAUACUUUGAAAUGAAGUACUAAAGAUGGGACCAAGCUGCAAAAUUCAAAUCCAGAUCUGGAAUACGAAUACCCAGACUUUGCCGACUAUGAUUCCAUUUUACCCGUUGUAAGAGAUGUGCUGAUAGCAAAAUUCAGAGCCACAUUCGAGUCCUAAUUUAGAACAAAGUCUGGUGUAGUUGGCGCUGGGGUUUUGAAACUCAAAACAACAAUGUCCUAAAGCUACUUCCCAGAAGUUCCACACAAUAGACAGCACCAUCUUAUAGACCAGGAAAUGUAGGAUUUUUCUUCUCUGUUUAACUGGUAUACAGAAAACACUGGUUAUAAGUGAGCAAAUAACACAUAACAAAGGGUAUUGUUUUACUACAGUACCUGUGCAGAUAUGUACAUGUUUAUUGUGAGAGCUGAAGGCCACGUUCCCUGCAGCCAGCUGGGAAAUGGAGAUGUACCUAUAGAAUCUAACUUCUGGAAGCAUCUCAUUAGUUUUUAUUCUUUUUUUAAUAAUAAAACGUGUACUGUGUCCAAGCCCCAGCCUUGUGUCCACUACAUCUCACAACUGGUGAUAUUUUUCUUUAAGGGCCUUCUCAUUCAAAUGAGGCACUGAUAAAACUGGUUGGCCUCAUACAUGAUUCCCCCUCCUUCACAUAAAAACACAAUGAGCCAAAUCUUUCUCCUCACCAAGCUUGAGGAGCUGAGCUCAGGGCAGGGGGAUUCCUGGGAGUGGGGUGGGGAUGAAGGAAACUUCCAGCCUUCCUAGACUGCAGAUCUUCUCUGUGUCACUACUGCAAGCUUGAGACUGCCACUGCCCCUGCUGUGGUGCCCCAGUCUGUGAUGGCAAGGGCUGGUGGAGUAGCAGAUGUUAUAGCCCAGCCGCCUGAGCCUUCCAACUCCACUGGGAAGGAGCUCAGACAAAGCCCUUGCUGGGGGAUGGUCUAUUCAGAAUGUCAGUGAGUGGGAUGUGGGCAGUUGUUCCUAAUGGUCAGAGCAGGAGUCAGGCCUUGUGGUUCAGGAAUCAGAGCCAAGGGUCAGAGGUCAGAAGUCGGAGCCAAGGGGCAGAACUGGGUUACCUAGAGUGAGGCAAGGCAGGAGCAGGUCUAGGAACAAGCAGGUGCAGGAGCCAUUGGCAAAUGCUUUGAGCAGCCACUGAACUGCUGCUACUGCUGGGCUAAGAGCCCCACUGCGGACUCUUCCAACCAAUCUGCCAGUUAGGCAGCCUACUGCAGGCCCGCUGUGGAGACUGGCUCUAGCUCUGGCUGUGGCUCUGCUGCAGGACGAUUCCUGACAAAGAAGAGCUGGUGCCAAAAGAGGAAGGAGGCUAAAAACAGUCACGGGUGCAUUCAGACCUUAAGACAGGCCUUGCCCUGUGCUCUGAAAAUAGCAGCUGAGUGAUUCAGGACAGACUCAGGGAGGACCUUCCAUACAGAGAGUACCUGAUCAGAGAAGAUUGUGCCCCAGAUUGGUCCAGGGGAUCUCUGGGACAGACAGUAGAGAUAUCCCAGCCAAUCCCAAUUGCCUUGCGGGUUGCUCAAAUAUUUUGGUGUUAGAUUGUUAGGGGCUUCGUAUACUUGGCUUGUUCUUGUUCCUAUUAAAGCCAUUGAGAGCUUUGCCAUUGAAUUCCAUGGCAGUGAGAUCCGGACCACCCUCAGCAAGAUUCUGAGUAAAGUCUUAGCCUAAUACUUUUGAUUUUGCCAUUUCUGGCAUCAUUUUGGAAGGCUGUCUUCAAAACUAAACCAACUGUUCCCCCUCCUUGCGUGGAGCCAGUAGAAUAGCGCAGACUCCCCCAUAAUGGUAGUUUUGCUUGGGCUGCAGACUCACCAUAGCAUUCCCUCUGGUGGCAGAGCAGUCAGAAGGUUGGGCUGCCUGUUCUUACAGAAAUGGGAGUGCCACAGGAAUCUAGCCUGCAGAUUUAAACCUGAUCACACUCCCUCCUACCCCCAAACCUUCCUCAGCAAUGGGACCAUGACUCUUCUCUCCCGUUCUAAGGUCUGUUCAGACCACUCAGUGGCUGUGGCACUUACAAUGCCUUUUGCAAAGUAAAUUCUUCUGCCUGGGAGUGGGGAACAUACUCUGCUGCAUGGUUCUCCCUUGUCUGUGGAGCUAUAGCAUACUGGCUAUGAAGAGGAGAGAGGCAGCUAUGUGGUGAGGAUGCUGCUGUAGCAUAAAUUGCUUUCUCCUCUGUAUAUGCAUGCCCCCAUCCCUUAGUGAAGGUCCCUGUAUGCGGCACGGGGGGAAGCAUACGCCCUUUUAAGAAGGAAAGAGAAAAUGUACUAUGGGGGUGGUCAGAUUUGGGGCCUGUCUACCUAGACACUUUCCCCUUUGGGAAAUAAUUAAAACCCAGUUAUUUAAAAUGUUGAUUUAUUUCUAAAUCUCAACAGAGUUUCUUAGCCCUGGGUCAUCUCACCAAAGGGAAUAACCUCAGCCUGUUACCAUGCAUGAUCAUUUAUUUUAUGUCGGCAGCUACAGUUUUGGGCAAGCUGGGAUGAUUCUUUCACCUUCUUCCUACAGUACCUUCUUGUAACACUUGGGCCAGAAUAGGCCCCUUUUUGAAACAUUACUGUGCUAUUGUGUCUCGUAAAGGCGCCUAUGGAGUCUUGUAGCACAGCCAUAUUUCUUGUGCAGCUUGUUUAUACAUAAGGACUGAUCCUGCACUCAUUGCAACCUCUCUGUUGUCAGUCCUAUUGGCUAGGAUAGAACUUCACGAGUGCAAAUAAGGUCAGAAUUUGGCCCACAAGUUUGAUGGGACAGAACAGACGUUUAUUGAUGUGGCCAGACAUGUCUGCAAUAUGAGAAUAAACCUCUAACCCAUGCAAAUGAACCAUUCUCCACACCACUGCCACCCCUACUCCCUUUUUUUUUUUUUUUUUGGCGUGCACUUAGCUAAGUCUUGCAGGCCUUACUCGGUAAAAGCUCCUACUGAAAGCAACCACCGUUUUGCCUGGCUAAAAUCUUGAGCUGGUCAAAUAAUUGAAAAAAGCAUGUUUGCAAAUAUAUUCCUGAAUAAAUGACUUGAACUCCA